AUGGAGCCUCCUCUUACUGCUCCACAUGGUAUUCAGAUUAGCGACAUAACCUGUGACUCAUUCCGUGUGUCCUGGGAGAUGCCACCAUAUGAUGCCAGGAGAGUAACUCACUAUUUCAUAGACCUGAACAAGACAGGUGGGCAGAAGGAGAACAAGUUCAAACAUCGGGAUGUACCAACCAAACUGGUGGCGAAAGCAGUGGUCCUGCCUAUGACAGUACGUGGACACUGGUUCCUGAGCCCCCGGACAGAGUACACGCUGGCUGUGCAGACCGCAGUGAAACGCAGUGACGGGGAAUACACUGUAUCUGGGUGGAGCGAAACCCUGCACUUCUGUACAGGGGACUAUGCCAUGGAGCAAGUGCAGCAGCUGAAGGAGAAGGCGGAGGGGAUUGCAGGCCGGAUGUUGUCAUUUCAGGUCUUCUACAGGAAUCAGACGGCAGAAUAUUUCCAGCAUGCCAGAGACAAGUGGGGAGGCUUGAUGCUUCCAUCCUUAAAAGACCAAAGUGGGAGCCAUGGAUCACCCAUCAGCAGUACCCUUCAUGGUGUAUUCUUCAGCUGCAACACAGAAUUUAACACAGGCCUGCCACCAAAUGACUCGCCCUAUGGGAGAUGGAGGAUUACUGUACCUGCCAGGCAUCUUUUUAAUGAGGGGACAAAUCUUUACUUUGCCGACUUCUAUUGCAUGUACAGUGCCUAUCACUAUGCCAUUCUGGUGUUGGCACCUCGAGGCUCUCAAGGAGAUACCUUCUGUAGUGCCCGCUUACCACUGCUGGACCCGAAGAACAACCCUUUCUUGACCCAGGGUGAACAGGGCAGUUACUGGCAUGCACAGGAUCUUAUCCUUGAGAUAUUCUACACUGACCCAGUGCCCCUGGGCUUGGGCCAACUGUCAGAGAUCAAAGGGCAUCAGUUAAUGAGCCUUUCAACAGCAAACGCCAAGAAGGAUCCUAGCUGCAAGGUGUGCAACAUUUUAGGAGGGCGCUAG